AUGGCUGAUGUAAAUAAUUUCCAAAGCUUUCCGCACUUUUCACAGCUGCCAAAGGAGGUACGGCUUAUGAUCUGGGAGAUGGCGUUACCAUGUCCCAGAAUUGUGAGUGUAGAGAUGAGGUCGCUGAGGAAGACAUAUCUGGAAUGGGAACGGGAAAAGGAGGUCAGCAACAAGACAGCGGAAAACACCAGUGACAGCGAAACAAUGCCCGAAGCGUCCAGGGCUACCUCUCUCGACUGUGAGCGUCCUGGGGUCGAUCCACCACCCAUAGAUGGGCACCUUCCAGGGAUCAAGUCGAAUACUCCUCCGCCACAAAUACUACUCGCCUGCCACGAAUCAUUUGCUGUUGCAACAAAGUUCUACGAGCGCGUAUUUUCUAUUCAUCCUUCGUCUCCAGAAACCUAUUUCAACUUCUAUCAGGACACUUUAUACAUCCGGCACGACACAUUUAGUUGGUAUUCUGAGGGCGCCGAGUCAAUAAUCGACGGCCUCGUUUGUUUCAGUGUUCACAACGAUAAGGAGUUGAAUCGUGUCAAAAAUCUCGCCGUUCUAUUAGAUCCUAAAAGCAUUGUCUCUGUCGAGGAAUGGUUAGUUGGGCUAUUGUGCUUCUUUCGAGGAGUUGAAAGACUCUCGCUUGUUGUACAACACUACCAUCAAGAUGAUUUCGCCUCUCCUCUCUGUCUGAUCGAGCCGAUCGACGUCGAUGCGGCAUGGCUUAAUCUCCAGCUCUUCUUGUCGGACCCAUAUAAACAGGAGGAGAUACCGGAAAUACCAAGUAAUGAUAACAUGGGAUUGGCGGAUGUAGACCUGGAGGUGCUUAGGGUUGCGAUUGAAGCUGAAAUGGGCCAGGACUAUGUCGCCCCGAAAAUCGAAUGUGGAGUGAUCGUUACCCGAGACUUCAAAGAGUACUUGGAUUCUUUGCUAGAAAGAUGUUUAUUCGAUUCUGGAUAGGGAUUGUGACGAAUUCUGGGGAGUUUCUGAGAAUAUGAACGAGAGUGAAGAUAUAUUGUGGCUACCUUUUACUAGAGCCAAUUUUUUUUAGAUAGUAGAUUUUUUUGGUAAUUUUAGCUCAG